CGGCGUGCGUCGCGCACACCUCUGCCCAUGUGCCCCGUUGACUGCUGGGAAACUGAGUCCGGAGCCUUCCCACUAGCCUUCACGGCACCGUGCUCGGUACUUGAAGUCCCGGCAAGCUCGGCGGCGUUUUAGCUCCGCCCCUCGCCUCCCUCCGCUCGCGAGCCCCCCCAGCCCGCCCCGCCCCGCGCCGGGGCCGGAGCCGCAGCCCGAGCGGCGGGGUGACCAUGGAGGAAGAAGAUGAGUCUCGAGGGAAGACAGAGGAGUCGGGCGAGGAUCGGGGCGAUGGUCCGCCCGACAGAGACCCCACGCUUUCUCCUUCUGCCUUUAUCCUGCGGGCCAUUCAGCAGGCCGUGGGAAGUUCCCUGCAGGGGGAUCUGCCGAAUGAUAAAGAUGGCUCUCGGUGUCAUGGCCUUCGAUGGAGGCGCUGCCAGAGCCCACGGUCCGAGCCCCGUUCCCAGGAAUCCGGGGGGACUGACACGGCUACUGUGUUGGACAUGGCCACGGACAGCUUUCUCGCGGGGCUGGUGAGCGUCCUGGAUCCCCCAGAUACCUGGGUCCCCAGCCACUUGGACCUGCGGCCUGGCGAAAGCGAGGACAUGCUGGAGCUGGUGGCCGAGGUCCGGAUCGGGGACAGGGAUCCGAUCCCUCUGCCUGUGCCCAGCCUGCUGCCCCGUCUCAGGGCCUGGAGGACGGGCAAAACGGUUUCUCCACAGUCUCACUCUUCUCGACCCCCUUGUGCCCGCCACCUCCUCACCUUGGGGACGGGAGACGGGGGCCCCGCCCCACCCCCUGCCCCCUCCUCUGCGUCCUCCUCGCCUUCCCCUUCCCCCUCAUCAUCCUCCCCUUCCCCUCCUCCCCCUCCACCCCCCCCACAACCCCCUGCCCCGCCUGCUCCCCGAUUUGACAUCUAUGACCCCUUCCACCCCACCGACGAGGCCUAUUCCCCACCACCCGCUCCGGAGCAGAAGUACGACCCCUUCGAGCCCACUGGCUCCAACCCCAGCUCCUCAGCCGGGACCCCCUCACCUGAGGAAGAAGAGGAGGAGGAGGAGGAGGAGGAAGAGGAGGAGGAGGAAGAGGAAGAGGAGGAGGAAGGCCUGUCCCAGAGCAUCAGCCGCAUCUCAGAGACCCUAGCGGGCAUCUACGAUGACAACAGCCUGAGCCAGGACUUCCCAGGUGACGACAGCCCCCGCCCGGACCCCCAGCCCCCGCAGCCGACUCCAGCCCCCGGAACACCACCCCAGGCGGACUCCACCCGGGCCGAAGGAGCCACCCGCCGGCGCGUCUUUGUGGUGGGGACCGAGGCGGAGGCCUGUCGGGAAGGCAAGGUCUCGGUGGAGGUGGUGACGGCCGGCGGGGCCGCCCUCCCGCCGCCGCUGCUGCCCCCCGGCGACUCAGAGAUUGAGGAGGGCGAGAUCGUCCAGCCCGAGGAGGAGCCCAGGGUGGCGCUCUCCCUCUUCCGGGCCCGGGCCGCCCGACCUCCUCCCGCGGCCGCGGCCCGCCGCCGCGGGGCCGUGCCGCCCUCCAUCCAGGACCUCACGGACCACGACCUCUUUGCCAUCAAGCGGACCAUCACCGUGGGCCGGCCGGACAAGUGCGACCCGCGAGGCGCCUCCCCGGCCCCCGCCUCGUCGCCCAAGCGCGAGGUCCUGUAUGACUCGGAGGGACUGAGCGCCGAGGAGCGGGGCGGCAAGAGCGGCGAGAAGGACCGGCGCCGCUCCGGGGCCGCCGCCGCCUCGUCUUCCUCCCGGGAGAAGGGCUCGCGGCGGAAGGCGCUGGAUGGAGGGGAGCGGGACAGGGACAGAGACAGGGACAGGGACAGGUCAUCCAAGAAGGCCCGGCCGCCCAAGGAGUCGGCCGCCUCCUCAGGGCCCCCGCCGAAGCCGGCGGUCAGCAGCGGCUCGGGCUCCUCGUCCUCGUCAUCGUCCUCCUCCUCCCGGAAGGUGAAGCUGCAGUCCAAGGUGGCCGUGCUGAUCCGCGAGGGCGUCAGCAGCACCACGCCGGCCAAGGAGGCCGCGUCCGCCGGCCUGGGCUCCAUCGGAGUCAAGUUCAGCCGCGACCGCGAGAGCCGCUCCCCCUUCCUCAAGCCCGAUGAGCGCGCCCCUGCUGAAGUGGCCAGAGCAGCUCCGGGCAGCACGAAGCCCAAAAAGACCAAGGUCAAGGCCAAGGCUGGGGCCAAGAAAGCCAAGGGGACCAAGGGAAAGACCAAGCCAUCCAAGACCAGGAAGAAGAUCCGCAGCGGGGGCGGCAGCGGGGGCAGCGGGGGCCCGGUGACGCUCAAGAAGUCCAAGGCCGAUAGCUGCAGCCAGGCGGCGGGAGCCAAGGGGGCCGAGGAGACUUCCUGGUCCGGGGAGGAGCGGGCAGCCAAGGCCCCCAGCACCCCGCCCCCCAAGGUAGCCCCUCCACCCCCUGCUCUCACGCCGGACUCACAGACCGUGGAUAGCAGCUGUAAGACACCUGAGGUCUCCUUCCUGCCUGAAGAGGCCACGGAGGAGCCUCGGGUCCGAGGUGGGGCAGAGGAGGAGGAGGAGGAAGAAGAGGAGGAGGAGGAGGAAGAGGAGGAGGAGGAGGAGCAGCAGCCUGCUACCACCACGGCCACCAGCACGGCUGCAGCCGCCCCAAGCGCUGCCCCCAGCGCCGGGUCCACAGCCGGCGACUCGGGGGCCGAGGACGGGCCGGCCACCCGCGUCUCCCAGCUGCCCACACUGCCCCCGCCCAUGCCCUGGAACCUGCCUGCUGGUGUGGACUGCACCACCAGUGGCGUCCUGGCCUUGACUGCACUUCUCUUCAAGAUGGAAGAAGCCAACCUGGCGAGCCGAGCAAAGGCCCAGGAGCUGAUCCAGGCCACCAACCAGAUCCUCAGCCACAGGAAGCCACCCUCCAGUCUGGGGGUGACCCCAGCUCCUGUGCCCACCUCUCUGGGUCUGCCCCCUGGCCCUUCCAGCUACCUGCUCCCUGGCAGCCUCCCUCUGGGGGGCUGUGGCUCUACCCCUCCCACCCCCACUGGGCUGGCUGCAGCGUCUGACAAGAGAGAGGGCAGCAGCAGCUCCGAGGGACGUGGGGACACAGACAAGUAUCUGAAGAAGCUGCACACGCAGGAGCGGGCGGUGGAGGAGGUCAAGCUGGCCAUCAAGCCGUACUAUCAGAAGAAGGACAUCACCAAGGAGGAGUACAAGGACAUCCUGAGGAAGGCUGUCCACAAGAUCUGCCACAGCAAAAGUGGGGAGAUCAACCCGGUCAAGGUGAGCAACCUGGUGCGGGCCUACGUCCAGCGCUACCGCUACUUCCGCAAGCACGGCCGCAAGCCAGGGGACCCCCCGGGGCCCCCCCGGCCGCCCAAGGAGCCGGGGCCCACGGACAAGGGUGGCCCGGGCCUGCCCCUGCCCCCUCUCUGAGACCCCCAGCCACCCCUCCCCUCCUGCGCCUCUUGGGAAUUCUGGACGUAUUUAUGGCUCCGCCUCCCCACUUCCCUCCCCCGUCAGUGGGGUGAUGGGGGAAGGUUGCUGCCGGGAAGAGGAGAGCCCCCUGCCCUGCCCGGCCCGUGCCCAGCUCCAUUGUCCCCGAGCCUGUCCCCGUCGCCCCUCCUCUCUGUUCGUGCCCCUCCCCCAGUUUCAUUAAAGAUUUCAUGAAAUGUUACUCCC